AUGCUUGAAGCUGAGAAUUUCAUUUCCUCCUGUUUAAUAGCCGCCAAGCCAGACUGUGCGAACGCUAAGAUAGCCGGCAGUCUGUUAAAUUUGUACCAUUUAACACAUAUUGCGGUUUCCAACUUUGAUCUCGUGUGUACAAUCCGCAAGUCUACUCAUGACCCAGAUCGCCCAAUCCUUACGGAGUGUGGAAGGUGUUGUAGAAGUCAAGGCAGAGACACUGAAUUCAGCUUAGGGUCGGCACUGGACCAGGGGAUCGGCGUGCUGAGGGAGGGAACACAUGAGCUACUCAACGUUUUGCAUUGA